AUGACGACGGCACCUCCAUAUCGGUAUGCGAUGGGCAACCAGCCCGGGAAUCCGCGCCAAAUGGGACCACCACAGGCAGGACCUCCGUUGGAUGGUCAUGAAUGUCAAUUGGUUUCUUAUCCCGGGUCCCAACAACCGGAUGAUUCUCUCCUAGAGUCUGGCUUGGAACCGGACGUGACAUGGGCGAUGAAGCACCUGUUGCAUGCCACUGCGUCUGAGAGAUUUCUGCUUGGAAAGUAUCCAGCGCUCGUUCCAGCCCUCAUUCGGUACCCUGAAUGGUUCCUCGAACACGCAGACGAAGAAGACGGUUCGACAUGGUGCCCCAAUCCAGAAUUCACUACUAAUCGACGGUUUGCACUCAACUCUCUCCUCAUCAUCAAGAAUUUAUCCAUGAGCGAAGAAAAUGCGGCCAUCUUGGCGCGAAUGGAACGCAUCAGAACUCUCGUCUUUGACAUUAUGGAAAAAUGCCAGCGACCGACAGAUUCGACUCUCGAGUUUUUGCUCGGUGCAAUCGACAUCUUUCGAUAUACGAUAACGAAAUGGCCGGCCUCGCCCGUCCCCGAAAAGACCAAAGUGCUCGUCGACAUUGUCGGGCGGUCAAACGACAGAGCCAUCAUGAUCUCUGGAUGGUCCGCACUGCACAAUCUUCUCGACACGUUUACAAAUGUGACGCACGUCACGCCCGAAUCGAGUGCGCUCAACGCUGCCAUUCGCGUUCUCCCCCUUCACUUUGACCAGCCUCUUUCGACGGCGGCAUUGGAUUACAUUCUCGCACAUGUCUCAAAUCCCGCACUGGCAAAGGCGUUUCUGCACCACCCUGAGAUGCCACAAGCCCUCAAGUUGUUGACGUACCAGCUGAUAUUCGAUCAGCAAAAGGUAUUGGAGUACGUCAAAGUUACAGUUGCGCAACCCUCGAAGACGGAGAUUGCCCAGAAUAAUGCAAUCGGGCCCUUGGAGCUGAAAAAGGAGGUCCUCGAUGAACUCUCUGCGUUACCCGAGCCCGACAGAGUUACUCAGUGGAUGCAACGCGCAUUCGAGGCCGUUCCUCAUGCCGAGAUUACACAAGUUGACUUUUGGAAUUUGUACAGAACAGCGUUUACAUCAUAUGGACCAGACACAAUGUUGCCCGCCACAGAUCUUAUCAAGCUCGUCACAAACGUUUUCCCGUCUGCCAUGCCCAUGGUAUCCCAAGGUGCGAAUGGGAAGCCGUCCAAAUUCAUCAUCAAGGGCCUCGAGCGACGCCGUGCAGUUGCAGAGGGACGAACCAAAUGUCACUGGGACCGGUGGAAAUGCCCUGAGCCGGCCUUUGAAACGGCUACUGCGCUCUACCGGCAUGUGAAAACUCACGUCAACUCGACUACCGUCCAGUGUCUCUGGGGUUCGUGCACGCACAUCAGUGCAUCUCCUAAACUAUUCCAUCGCCAUCUCCUCACUCACCUACCGCUCGACUUGGCGGGUCCACGACAUCCAGGACAGGUGGACGACGUGCUCGUGCCACCCAAUUCUCACGUCGAUCCAGGCGUUCCGACUGCACGUCCGGUACCUCCAGGACCUGCUCACAUCGUGAACUAUCCAAAGGCGACAACUGACCCACCUGCGGGUUCCUUCUCCGCGUUGCUCAUCAUGCGAAUACUCUAUCGGACCUCCUUUGUGCAGGCAGAAGUUGUACUCAAAACGGACGGCGAUCAUUUUGGAUUCCCUGGUAUCGAGCAACCGCUCAUUGAAGGUGAUACCGAAGUGGCGAUGGAGGAUCUAGGAUACGACACACUAGAAGGACAAAGAAAGGGUAAAGCUGCGUUCAAGGGUAUUGGUGGAAUGCUGUCCGGUGUGAUCAUACACGACGCCGCGAUUGCCGCUUGGAUAGACGAAAUGCUAGACUCGAUAAAGGCGCUCCCUUUGUCGCAAUAA